UAGGAAGUCUAAAAAUGACUGGGAUCUGCGUAUUAGAAUCUGGCUCAAAUUGGAUUCAUUUACAUUGGGAUACUCCAAUACCUUCUACUUCUUAUGAUAUUUCUUCUUCUUCUUCACCUUUUGAUUCAAAUUUGGCUUAUUUAAUAGAAAUACGUGAAUUUGGUUGUGGUAAUUCUGGUUGGAAACAAUUAUUUGAUAGAACAACAGGAGGACAGGGAAUGAUGAAUUACACGACUAUUAAUGACCAUUUUGUUGUGGACAAUUUAUCAUCAGAAUUUAAAUAUGAAUUUAGAAUUUGGUCAAUUUCUUUAAAUAAUGGAUUACAUUCUUCAUUGCCUUCUCCAAUUUCUGAACCUAUUAAUUUAUUAAAUCAAACAAGUGAUUGGCAGCCAAAAUUGCCUCCUUUGACCAGCCAAACUUUGAAUAACAAAAAAGUGCCUGAAAGACCUUCAGCGCCUGAAUAUCUUGAAUUUUUCCCAACGAGCUUAACACUUUGUUGGCAACCAGCAAAAAGUUCACUUCCCGUACAAGGUUACGAAAUUGAAUUUCGUGAUCCAAUGCAGGAUGCAUCCAAUUGGUAUCGUCUAACAACAGAUUCAUUAAUUAAAACAUGCAAAACAAGUAUUGGAUCACUUUUAUGUGGACAUCAAUAUCAAUUUCGAAUUUUGGCAAGAAAUUCUGUUGGCCUUUCACAACCUUCAGAUCCUUCUCCUCUUGUUACUAUUGGAGGAGGAGUGGGAAAUCAAGGAGGAUCGAAAGAAACAACAAAAAAUAAUUUAAUACCUUUAAUGGAAGAAAUGUUUGUUAGAGAAUCGCCUCCAUUGCCUGAUAGAGAUGGUAAAUCAAUUAAUAAAUUAAAACAAUUUUUUGGAAAAUUAAAAACAUUAUUAAAAAUACCCUUAAGGCUGAAAUAUUUUACUUUAUAA